AUGACGGAAGAAAAUCGAAAAUUAACAUUACUCUUGCGCAAAAGAGACCAAAUUAUCAAGCAUCUUGAACGGAUAGAUUCAUUUGUCACAAGUCACAGUAUCGGUGAUAUUAUGUUAAUAAAGGCUAGGCACCAAACGGCUCUCGAAUCUUUUAAAAACUUCAGUAAUUUACAAGAACAAAUCGAAGAGGUAUUACCAGUGGCCGACCUUGUUACACAAGACAAAGAAAGGAUACAAUUUGAGGAACUAUAUUAUUCUGUCAUCGCCAACAUAGAAACUUUGAUCGAACAAUGUGAAAAGAGCAAAUUUUCGGCAAAUAUCGAACAUCCACAACACGAGUCAAAAUUCAAAAUUAAACUACCCACCAUUGAAUUACCGGAGUUCAAUGGGAAUUAUGCGGAUUGGUUGGCGUUCCGUGAUAUUUUCAAAUCACUUGUGCAUGAAAACGAAUCUUUGUCGGACAUUGAGAAAAUGCACUACUUAUGCGCCACACUGAAGGGCGAAGCUCUUCGCGCUAUCGAGUCGCUCACAAUUUCUAGUGCAAAUUAUAAUGCAGCCUGGGAGCUGAUUACAAAUCGGUUCGAAAACACAAGACAUUUAGUUCAAGCUCAUAUUAGUAACAUUUUAAAUUCACCUACUUGUAAAAAAUUUCCUAAUGCAACACCUUGUAAUCACAGUACAAUAAAACCAAAUUUAGAACUCGAGAAUUUAAACAAACAGGUAAUAAAAUUCUGGGAAACUGAGGAUUGCAAUACUAUUACAAAAAUACCUUCACAGCAAGAUCUUGCCUGCGAAGCACAUUUUAAGGAACAUACCAAAAGGGAUGCCGAUGGUAGAUUCUGGGUUUCAUUAGCAAUAAAGGACAAUUGUAUGAAUUUAGGAACCUCGUACGAAUCAGCACGUAAACGAUUUAUUCCUUUAGAAAGAAGAUUGCAAAAAAACUCGCAGUUAAAAUCGCAAUAUGUUAACUUCAUGCGCGAAUAUCAGGAACUCGGCCACAUGGAGCUAGUUCCAGAAAAUCAGUCAGAUUGGUCCAAUACGUAUUAUAUUCCUCACCAUGCUGUAUUCAAAAACAAUAAAAUUCGUGUAGUUUUCGACGCGAGUAUGAAAUCAGAUAACAAUUUAAGCCUUAACCAAAAUUUGCUAACAGGACCAACAAUCCAAGAUGACAUUUUCGCUAUCACGUUACGUUUCAGAACGUACCAGUUCGUAAUCAGUGCAGAUAUCACAAAAAUGUAUCGCCAAAUAAACAUAAACAUACCCGACCGCGAGUAUCAGAGAAUAUUUUGGAGAGAAAGCCCUGAUACACCUGUACAAAUUUAUCGUUUAACAACGGUUACCUACGGAACUACCAGCGCUCCAUUUUUAGCCAUUCGUUCGCGCCAGCAACUAGCAAUUGAAAAUCGUGAAACAUUCCCAACGGCGAGCGCUAAAAUUAUCAGAGAUUUUUAUGUUGACGAUCUAUUGUCGGGGGCCGAUAUUUUAUCACAAGCAUUCGAACUGCAACAUCAAAUCGAUAAAAUUCUCAAAUCGGGCGGUUUUCAAUUAUGCAAAUGGGCAUCUGUUGAUGUCAACUUAAUUCCACAGACAAACAGCACAGAUACAGACAAAAUAAAUCUUGAUAAACACAAUGAAAAUAAAACAUUAGGUUUAUAUUGGAAUUAUCGCAAUGAUUCAUUAGCGUAUAAAAUCAAUUCACUUUCAAAUUUACCAAAGGCAAAUGUAACAAAGAAACACAUCUUAUCAACAGUAUCCAAAAUCUUUGAUCCUUUAGGUUUAAUAAGUCCUGUAGUCGUAAAGGCCAAACUAUUGUUACAAAAAUGUUGGUCUGAACAAUUGCUCUGGGAUCAAAAGGUUCCACACGAUAUUAACAGUGCUUGGUUAAAUUUAAUUCAAGAUCUCACAGACUUGGACAAAAUCACAAUCGCUCGUAAAAUCGUACCACAAAACGUUGUCAACAUCCAAAUACACGGGUUUGCAGACGCGUCCGAGAAGGCUUACGGCGCGGUUAUUUAUUUGAGAACUACCGAUAGCAGCGGAAAUAUUCAGGUUAAUCUAUUAACUGCGAAAUCUAGAAUCGCGCCCAUGAAAACAAUUACAAUCCCAAGACUAGAACUAAUGGCGGCAGUUCUCCUUUCGGAACUAUUAAAACGCGUCAUUUUGUCAUUAGAUAUCAAAAUUGAUCAAACAAUUUUGUGGACAGAUUCCACUAUAGUUCUACAUUGGCUAGCGCGCCCUGCCAGCCACUGGCAAAUUUUCGUUGGUAAUAGAGUAGCGCAAAUCCAGUCUGAAUCAAAUUAUGACGAAUGGCGUCAUGUCGUUAGCACCGACAAUCCAGCUGAUGUAGUCUCCAGAGGAAUGUCUCCGGAAGAGUUAUCAAAAUGCUCUUUAUGGUGGCACGGCCCAAAGUGGCUAGUUGAACAACCACAGAAUUGGCCAAGUCCAUUUGAAACAAAUUUCGCAUCAACAGAAAUUCCCGAAAUUCGGAAAACAGUUGUAACAACUAUAACAAAAACAUCACUAGAUUUAAUAGAAAAAUUCUCAAGUUAUGAGAAACUACUAAAAUGUGUAGCAUACCUAUUUUCCUUUAUUAACUACAUUAAAUCGAAACGUAAUCACAAAAGGGUAAAGCUAGAUGUUCAUAAUUUUGAAGAUGCGCGUAAUAAGGUAAUUAAGUUCAUACAAAGACAGGUAUUCGCCAAGGAACUUAACGAACUAAAAACAAAUGGUGUAGUCAACACAACGAGCGCUAUUUUAAGUUUGAGUCCAUUCAUAGAUAACGACGGUAUCAUUAGAGUUGGUGGACGAUUGCGUCAUUCAAAUUUUACUUUCGCAGUGAAACAUCCAAUAUUGCUACCGAGCAAUCAUCAUUUUACAAAAUUAGUCAUCCAAUAUUUUCAUGAACAACAACUGCAUGCCGGGGCGCAGGCCACUCUUGCUGCGAUAAGACAACAAUAUUGGAUACUUUCAGCUCGUAAUGUAAUCAGACAUACGUUGCACAAAUGUAUAAGAUGUUUCAGAACGAAACCAAAAAUCGCAUUUCAAAAAAUGGGCGACUUACCUGAACAACGACUAAACCCAACCAGACCGUUUUCAAAAACUGGGGUUGAUUACUGCGGCCCCAUUACAAUAAAAGAAGGUCAUGGUAGAGGUAAACGCAGUGUUAAGGCAUACAUAGCCCUUUUUAUAUGCUUGUGCACCAAGGCCGUGCACUUAGAACUCGUCAGCAGUUUGACGUCUAGUGCUUUCUUAAAUGCUUUGAAAAGGGUCAUAUCACGCCGCGGAAAUGUCUUAGAACUACAUUCUGAUAAUGCAAAAAACUUUGUAGGCGGUAAUAACGAGUUACAGGAGCUAAAUGAACUAAUCCAUAGUGACGAAUUUAAAAAUAGGGUAAUAAAAAGUUUGCAACAUCAGGUCAAAUGGAAUUUUAUCCCGCCAAGAUCACCAAAUUUCGGAGGCAUUUGGGAGAGUAAUGUUAAGUCAGUAAAAAUCCAUCUAAAAAAGGUGAUCGGGAGUGCCUUAUUGACAUUCGAGGAAAUGUAUACUUUCCUUACCCGAGUAGAAGCCUGUUUAAAUUCCCGACCAUUUACCCCUUUAUCCAACGACCCAAACGACCUGUCUGCACUAACGCCGGGUCAUUUUCUAAUCGGCGAGAGUUUGACGGCCCCACCAGAAAAGAACUUAGAAGAUGUCAAACUGAAUCGUCUAGACCGCUGGCAACUCCUCGAGAAAAUGCGCCAGGAGUUUUGGAUCAGAUUCCAGCGGGAGUAUAUCACCCAGCUCCAACGCAGAAAUAAGUGGAAAACAUCUCCAGCGACCAGUCUGAAACCAGGUUGCUUGGUACUGCUAGUGGAUGAACAAACUCCACCACUAACAUGGCCACUAGGCAGAGUCCAGGAGGUCCAUCCAGGACGAGAUGGAUUAGUACGAGUCGCUACAGUCAAAACUAACAAGGGGGUCUACAAGAGAGCGAUCUCUAAAUUGUCCAUCUUACCAAUAGACAGCGACAUCGAAGACACCACAUCGAGUGAUUAG